CUACCACUGCAUGUAAUUGACAUAGAAAUGUGCAAUCUCAAUGUAACAGUAAAAACUUCCCAUUCGUUACCAUGAGUGUGACAUGUGGCGUCUCGAGGGGUAUGUUUUAGGUGCUUAAAGUAGGCUGAAAAUAAUGUUAGGGCUGUUUAACAGAAGGAUGGCGCUUUUCAGGUUUACGGUCGUGUUUCUGGCUUUAACGUGCCUUAUGAUGGGCCAAAUGAUGGUGCAUGGUAGAAACGCCGGGGACCGGGGACUGGUUUAUGACGACGACGAGUUCACUGAACGUCAAGCAAGAAAGGCUGUCCUUGAGCAUAACAAGCGUUCUUCUUCAAGCUCGUCUGAGUCGUCUGAGUCGUCUGAGUCGUCUGAGACGUCUGACUCGUCUGAUGAACCAUUUGUAUCACUUGCAUGUGAAAAUAAUGGACCUAUUGCGAUUGAGUGUCAACCUGGCGAAGAAAUAACUAUCGUCGGAGUUACAUAUCGCCGUCAAGCUACGCUCACUUGUCCUCCAUCAAACGACAGCGAUUUCGACUGUUCAUCGGAGGAAGCCCUGUUUAACGUCAAGGACCGGUGUGAAUCUCAGUUAAAAUGUCAGUUUCAUACAGGCCCAGUAGUCUUAGGCACAGAUCCAUGUCCGGAUACAGACAAGUACAUCGAAAUACUCCACAUGUGUACACCUGUGGGAUAAAAGAGCGAGACCCGUAGAAUUUAGAAUUUAUUUGUGGAAUGGUGAGGAGAGACUUUUGGGAAGAUCUGAGGGUUCUGUUUUAAACAAAGAGGUUAAGUAAUUCCGUUAAAUAAGAAGGAGUUAAUCAUUUCAGGCACUUAAAGGUUAAAACAAGGUUCUUGAACUCAAUUCUAGCGCGGACAAGUAACCAGUGUAGUUUUUUUCAGAAUAGGGUAGAUAAUUAUGUUCACUUAAACGAGAUCUCGUAACAAGCCGUGCGGCAGAAUUUUGGAUUCU